AUGGAGAAAGAAGCCGCGCUGGGGAGCCCCCCGAUCUUCAUCGGCGAUGAUGUUCGAUACAGCCCUGACGACUUGCUGCUGCCCAAGCAGUACCACAAGUACGUGGAGAACAUCAUAAUUCCCAACGGGCUGCUGAUGGACCGCGUGGAAAAAAUGGCGUACGACAUCCGGCGGGUGUACCGGAACAAGGAGCUGCACUGCCUGUGCCUGCUGAAGGGCUCGCGGAGCUUCUUCUCGGUGCUGUUUCAGCACCUCGCGAAGCUGAGUCUCUACGACGAAGACGCGACUUGUCCGCCGUUUUUCGAACACUAUUUGCGGGUGAGUUCGUGCGUGGGGACUGCGAGUUCGCAGCGGCUGAAGGUGGUCAGCGACGACCUCCACUGCCUCCGCGACAAAGACGUGCUCGUAGUCGAAGACAUCAUCGACACCGGACUCACCCUCUGCGAACUCCGCAAGUACCUGCAGCAGUUCGCGCCCCGCAGCGUGCGCAUAGCCACUUUGACUCUGAAGAGGACUUCGCGUUCCAACGGCGAGUCCGCGGACUUCGUCGGAUUUUCACUUCCCGACAAGUGGGUCAUCGGCUUCAGCUUCGACUGCGACCAGAUGUUCCGCGACAUGCCCCACGUCUGCACCCUCUCCGACGAGGGCAAGCGCCUCCUCGGCCUCACGCCCUAG